AUGGUGAAAUUGCCUAAUUCCUCUUGCUAUGAAAGCGCCAUGGAUUAUGCCGAGGCUGCACGUAUUGAUCCCCUGGAAACUCAAAUUUCAACACAAUCUUUGUCAGAGGAUUUAGAGAGUUGGUACCAAUCCUUUUUGCCAAAUACAAUAGCAAGCUCGAAUGAGAAGGCUUCGCGUUUAGUAUAUUCAUAUCGCAAUGUUAUGAAAGGCUUUGCAGCACGAUUAACUGCAGAGCAAGUGAAAGAAAUGGAGAAGAAACCGGGGUUUAUAGUUGCGUGGCCAGAGAGGAUUUUGUCCUUACACACCACACAUAGUCCGAGUUUUCUCGGGUUGCAACAGAACAUUGGCUUGUGGAAGAAUUCCAACUAUGGGAAAGGCGUGAUCAUCGGUGUUUUAGACACCGGGAUCACACCUGACCAUCCUUCAUUUAACGACGAAGGAAUGCCUCCUCCGCCUGCUAAAUGGAAGGGAAAAUGUGAAUCCAACUUCACUACGAAGUGUAACAACAAGCUCAUUGGAGCGAGGACGUUCCCACAAGCCAAUGGUUCACCAGUAGAUGAUAAUGGACACGGUACACAUACCGCCAGCACAAUUGCUGGCGGUUUUGUGAAAGGUGCCAAUGUAUUUGGAAAUGCUAUUGGCACCGCGGUUGGAAUUGCCCCUCUUGCUCACCUAGCCAUUUAUAAAGUCUGCGAUUCGUUUGGUUGCUCUGAUAGUGGCAUUUUAUCUGCUAUGGACGCGGCUAUUGAUGACGGAGUUGAUAUCUUAUCACUUUCCCUUGGUGGAACUACUAACCCCUUCCAUAGUGACCCCAUUGCACUCGGGGCGUAUAGUGCAACACAAAGAGGUAUUCUUGUAAGUUGCUCUGCUGGUAAUAACGGUCCAUUUGAAAGCACGGUUGUAAAUGAAGCCCCGUAG